UACGAUACCGCUGACACUGACAGUACGCAUGCGUUGAAUAACAGCGAGGAAAACAUCAUGGCGGACUAUUUAGGGGAAGAGUCAGCGAAGAAAGUACAAUAUUUUCCCGAAGGAAGUCUUUUAAAUACAAUGACCAUAUCGAUAAUUGACUCUGAGAAGAGGUACACUGAUAUCCUCAAGGAACCUUACACCGUUUACCUCAUCGAAACUAAGUGAGUUAGGGUAACAAGUAAUUUUGCCAUCGUACCCAUUUUUUUACAAGAUUUAUAUUACUCGAUGAAAAUUUGGGUUAACCCAUGGUUGUUAAAAAGAUUUACGGAUUGCUCAAACGCUGCAUAGGUCUUGUUAAACUGAUCCUAGUUUCUCGUUUGAUCAGUCAACGUCAAUAAACGGAUGCAUCGGGGCUUUUCCAAGAGGUCUUUAUUGGGGCAGGGUGACUGGUCAGGGUAAUUUUCACCCCUGCACUAUGAUUUAAAUUCUUUGUGAUUUCAAUGUGUUAAUUAAGUGUAAGAGUCCAUGAAGGCUUUAAUAUUCACAAAGGGGAUUUGCUUCAAGGAAAUCACCAAGUAGAUUUUCUCGGUAAGGUUCAAACUCAGUUAGCUCUCAGCAUGCAGAUUAUUUUUUCACUCAUCACAUCAUUGUAAAUUAAUUUUAGUAUUGUACAUUUGGUGUUUGAUGAAGUAGAUCUCAGCCAGCUCUGAUGAGUUUUUCCAAAGGAGAUCCCAAAAGAUCCAGAUUCCCUCAUGGCUAACUCUUGCUGUCUCCUAUGAAAAAAUUAAUGAGAUGUGUGCAAAGAACUAGAUGUGAAGCUUGGUCAAGACCUCACAAAUUAAUGUAUUUGAUCUCUGGGGAUCAAAGUUUCUCUUUGAAUAGUAAUCAUUAAAAUGUAAAGUAUUGCGAAGGCCCAAGCCUGCAAAACAGCCAUCGUUCAGGAGGGACAUCCGCCCCUGAGUAAAACAUCCCCAGUGGCAAAGAGAGAUGGCUGUUUUGGCAGGCUACUAAGGCCAUUCCAUAGUUGCCCCGAAACUUUUUAAAUAAUUUUAAAAAAUAGUUUACAGUAAGGUUAAUUUUGACAGUUGACAGUAAGGUUAAUUCGUAAUCAUAUUGUAAAGUUAGACAUUUGUCUUGAGUAUAGGAAUAACAUAAAUGUGUUGUCAAUAAAAGUAUAAAACUAUUCUGAUGACUGUUUUCAGGUAUAUUGAUGGAGGUCCUCCAGCCGGGGAACCUGACAUGUCAUCAUCAAUAUGGAGACGAUAUAGUGAAUUUGAGCUGUUAAGAAAUUAUCUUGUUGCAAACUUUCCAGCGGUAAGCAAAUGGAUGGAAAAUGUGUAUAAUAUUACAGUCUACAUGUACCUUUCUUAUAGGUGUGAGCCUAGCUUUAAGUGGAAGUCCCAAAUCAAGAGGCAUCCAGUAAAAAUAAAUUUUUGGUCUAUUUUGUUGUUGUCUUUAUUAGUUGUAAGGGAGUGUGUACCCUAUUCGGGCGUUUGUCGUGGGUGAGCUCCCUAUUCAUUACCGUAGUUUGCUUAUGAACAAUCUUAGCUGUGGGGGACUCCCUACACAUACUUACCCCCAGGUUGGGCUGCACCAGACGUAAAAGGUGUUCCUGCCUUUUGAUCUAAUCUAGUUGUUGUUUAUCAAUCCAGAGUAACCCUCUCAGCUUCUUCACCUUGUACACUUAUUUUUCCUGACUUCAUAAGAUAAUUCUUAUCAGUGAAUUUUGUUGCAAGUUAACAUAUGUGGUUAGGCACUUAUUAUUAUUAUUAUUGUUAUUAUUAUUAUUAUUAUUAUUAUUAUUAUUAUUAUUAUUAUUAUUAUUAUUAUUAUUAUUAUUAUUAUUAUUAAAGACAAAAGCUACAUGUAUGACAUGUAUGUCCUUAAUAAUAAUAGUAACAAUAACAAUAAUGAAGCUAAUUAGCUUGAUCUCUCAUUGUUAAAAGCAUGGAUAGCUUAAACUAUAAUAUGAUUUUGUAAGGUUUAAAAUUCAUUUGAACACAUUUCUUUCAGUUGGUUGUCCCCCCUCUGCCAGAAAAAAGGGUAAGAACAAUAAUAAAUUAUUAUUUUUCAGUAGUCAUAUAACUAUGACAAAACUGUCAUAAACAGGGAUCAUAAUCAUAAUCAGCGAUCUAGAAAUAGAGAAGGGUCAAGCAGGACUUCCCUAGACUCAACAGCUAUAGAUACUUUAUUAUUGGGAUGUACAUAGAAAUUUUUCAUUUUUUAGUUUAUAGACAGUUGUUUAGUAUUGCUCUGUUGAAAACCACCAGACCACCAAGAAGUCUUCUUUUAACUAUAGUUAUACUAAAUUUGUAUUUAAUUUUCAUUUUGAGAAGAGUUUAAUAAAGUAUGUUUUUUGGAAAAAUGACAAAACUGUCUAUUCUGUUUGGCUAUUGGCAGCCCUGAUUUCAGCAUUACAGUCAAGGCAGGUCAUGCGUACCCGCCAAGAUUCUAUGAAUGAAUUGAUCAUUUGAAAAAUGAAGCUGUUAGUCAUUCCCAAGUCAUUCCCAAAUUCCUUUGUCAUUCCCCUAACUGAUGUCAAAUUCAAAGCGGCAUUUCUGCAUGCGUAAUGAGCAGUGAAUAUUUUACGAGAACUUCUCUGUAUUUGGUCAGAUUGAAAAUCUUAGAAUGGAUUAAGUUUCUUAGAAGACGUUUACAUCAAAUUCAGGAAAACUGAGCUGGUAGAAAUUUCAUAACUGCCUCGUGUGUGAAUUCACGGCUUAUUAUGCAUGCAAGAAUGCAGAGAUCAAUCUGAAAUCUACAACUAGCAACCAAUUAAACUGUCGAAUAAUAAAGUCAUUAAUGGAUUCUUGGGGGGUACACUUGACCUAGUUUGAGUGUAAUAAGACAGUAUAAUAGGACAGUACACAUCAUGUCUGAGUAUUAUAAUAUUAUUGUACAGUAAAGGCCAUCACUUGCAAUAAAUGUAGGAUGAAAUUAGUGAGUUUUUUUUUUUUUCAUGUCUAGCAAAAACUCUUGGGGCGUUCAUGUACAAAUUGGUACCUCAAUUUGUUUGUUUUAGUAAUGAUUGAUAGAUUUUUUCCAUUGGUAACAGAACUUUGUAUCAUCUAAUACUGUCUAUAAUCAUACCAGUGAUGAGAACAAAUUGGACUGAUCAAUCACAUGAUUACAGAACAAACAGGACUCCAUGCAGUCUUACUACCUUUUCUGAUUCCAUUAUUUUAACUUUUUUGCCUUAUUAAGUGAAAUAUAUUCCUGUAAAUAUUGCUGUUGUGUUUAUCUCCAGAUUAAAAUUGCAGCAUUGAGAAUAGCAGCAGACAAGUUUGAUCCAGAUUUUAUAGAAAAACGAAAAGCAGCUCUUGAGGUAAGCAUGAGUGGAGUAGAGUUUGUUUGCUGUGUUAUUCGUUAACUUCUUUUUACCAACACCUACAUCCUGCAUAACACAGAUGCUUAUUACUCUGGGAAGGGAGGAGCAUGGCUUUGUCAUUUAGAGUUCAGGUCACUCUACUUACAAUCCUGCAGUUGUGGGUUUGAAACCCACCCUAACCACUGACUGGAUUAGUUUCUCAUUUGUCGCAAGUUUUGAUUCCUCCACCAUAGGGAGCCAGCUGGUCUGCUUCCAGUGUCAGUUUGAUUUAUUUUCAAAUUUUUAUCAGCUUUUUGCAUGUAGCUUGCAGCUUUUUAAUUUUUGGUGAGACCAUCACUCUUGCAUGUUGUUGCGAAGAUGGAUUUGGAUCAUGUCUAAUUCAGUCUGUAAUCACAUUCAUGAUUAAACCAAUAAUAAUUAUUGGUUUAAUCAUGAAUGUGGUCUCCUGCUAUGCAGCUGUCCGAUUUUGUUAAUGGCUCAUAAUUACAAACUGAAUUGGACUCCACUCAUUCCUAUUACCAUUAUUCAUUUUACUGGUUUUUUGUUGUAGAGUUUUCUCUUAAGAUGUGCUGCACAUCCACAGUUAUCAAUGGAUCUCACAUUCAUUGGAUUUUUUAACCAGGUACUUUUCCUCUGAUUUAUUAUUCAGAGAGGAGUCUACAUAGUACAGUUACAGUCUUUUCCAUAUGCAACUUCCUCUUUUCCCAUAAUGCACCUUAUUUGCCCCCCAAAAUUUUGCGUAAACGUUGUUUUCAAUUUCUCUUGGGACGGCUGUAAUACCCAGGAGAAUAAAAAACAAAGGUUAUGCAAAAUUUGGGGGCAAAUAAGGUGCAUUAUGGAAAAUGUGGAAGUGGCGUAAAGCCAACCUACCUCACAUUGUGUGGAAAAGUUAGUUAUUGUUGUUCACCAAGUACCAUUUCAAGUAUGGUACGUAAGCAACUAUCUCUGCUCACUUGCAAUAUAUUAUUGCUGCCUCACGGGGCCCCUGAUGACAUAUGUAAUAAACUAGAGGUAAUCAUUGAUUACGGAUCUGCGUUCGUCACUUACGGAAAAAUCACGAAAAUGAAAUCAAGUCGAAAGGAGUCCAGUUUCCCGGCCAAGGUGCCCCUGAUAAUAUUAAUAGGGGGGGCUAAUUUGCAGUCGCCCCUGACAGCUCGAAAAUUUCUACUUUAGUGCCACAGGAACACCAGAUUAGGAUGCGUUCUGACGAACGCAAUUAUUUUUCUGCAAGACAUAAAGAUGGAUAAUACUAAUUAAAAAUUAUUAUUAAGUUAUGUGUAAAAUUUAAGGAAAAAGCUCAAUAAAAAAUUAAUGAUACAGAAUUAUAUUAGAGCUAUGUUUUGAAGUAAAGAAAUCAAACUGGUAACUGUUCAGGACUUUUUAAAGAAGAAAACACAAUGGCCAAUCCUGAAAAGUCUAAGAGGGCAAGGAUAAACAAAAUUGAAAGGUUUCAUUCAAACAAUAGACCUUUCCCGCGUUCCUGUAAACAAAGGCACGAAGCGGAGGCUCGUGUGGACAAAAUACAGUGAUUUGUAUGUAAUAGUGCACCCGAGCCUUGUCCUCAUUUUUUUAUGUUUGCUCACUGGAGCAGAAUGCGGGAAAGGUCUAUUGAAUGUUUAAAUUAUGAUAUUUGAGUAAUUUGCACCUUUUGUUUAUAGGAGGAAGGUUGGAAAGAAGCUGUGCAAGCAACAAAUUACCAAAGCAAGGUCUAUAAUAUUAUUAAUCUCUUUUUUUGUUUCCCCAUUAAUGAAGUGCAAUGUAUGCAAGGUUUCCAAUAAAAAAUCUUUUGAUACUUUUGUCAUUUCUUUCAGGUUGACUCCAGGCUUAAAAGUUGGAGUGCUUCAGCCAAAGAACCAGAUANUUAGUUAUUGUUGUUUACCAUGCUGCUAGCAUACUAUGAUAAUAUAAUUUUUUAUAUUAUUAAUAGCAAAAAACCCUUUUGUUUAGGGCAAGUACUAUUUCUUGUAUGGUACGUAAGCAACUAUCUCUGCUCACUUGCAAUAUAUUAUUGCUGCCUCAUGGGGCCCCUGGUGCCAUAUGUAAUAAACUAGAGGUAAUGAUUGAUUACGGAUCUGCGUUUAUCAUUUAUGGAAAAAUUACGGAAUCAAAAUCAAGUCAAAGGAGUCAAGUUUCUCGGCCGAGGUGCCCCUGAUGAAAUUAAUAGGGAAGGCUAAUUUGCAGUCACCCGUGAUAGCUCUAAGAUUUCUCCGUUAGUGCCACAGGAACACCAGAUUAGGAUGCGGUCUGAUGAACACAGUUAUUUUUCUGAAAGACAUAAAGAUGGAUAAUAAUAAUUAAGAAUUAUUAUUGAGUGUAAAAUUUAAGGAAAAAGCUCAAUAAAAAAUUAAUGAUACAGAAUUAUAUUAGAGCUAUGUUUUGAAGUAAAGAAAUCAAACUGGUCGCUGUUCAGGACUUUUUAAAGAAGAAAACACAAUGGCCAAUCCUGAAAAGUUCAAGAGGGCAAGGAUAAACAAAAUUGAAAGGUUUCAUUCAAACUAUAGACCUUUCCCCGCGUUCCUGUAAACAAAGGCAUGAAGUCGAGGCUCGGGUGGACAAAAUACAGUGAUUUGUAUGUAAUUGUCCACCUGACCAUUGUCCUCAUUUUUUUAUGUUUGCUCACUGGAGCAGAAUGCAGGAAAGGUCUAUUGAAUGGUUAAAUUAUGAUAUAUGAGUAAAUUGCACCUUUUUUUAUAGGAGGAAGGUUGGAAAGAAGCUGUGCAAGCAACAAAUUACCAAAGCAAGGUCUAUAAUUAAUCGCUCUUUUUGUUUCCCCAUUAAUGAAGUGCAAUGUAUGCAAGGUUUCCAAUAAAAAAUCUUUUGAUACUUUUGUCAUUUCUUUCAGGUUGACUCCAGGCUUAAAAGUUGGAGUGCUUCAGCCAAAGAACCAGAUAGGUAGCACUGCCAUAAGUUAAUUUCUAGGAAGGAUGCAGCCAAAUAGUACAUGUUUAUCCCAUGUUCAACCCAGAACAUCAUUUAUCUGAACAAAUAUAUUUUGUAUUGUUAUGUUAGUCUCACAAGAGUAUGUGUGCCAUGUUACAUGUGCAUCAUAACUGCAGGUCUGUAGUAUUUAAGAAGUGCUUGAAAGGUGUCUCUAGGGGGGGUGGGGGGGGGGCUAAAAGACUAUUUAAGGUUUGUUAAGUUACGCAAGGGCUGUUCGAUUCAAAUUCGAGGCAUCUGUCAUCCCUGAUUUUAUUUUUUAUUUUGUUGACCUUCUGUUGUAGUCUUCCCUGAGACUGUAAUGCUGUAACACUGGCUCCAUAAAUGAACAUGAUGCCCACUCCUAUUUCUGUGUUUUGGGAUUAUUUAGAUUAGUUACAAAGCUUUUUAUAAUCGUUUCAGUGUGAUUAGAGUAUAAAUAUUUUGAAGAACAUGGAACAAAAUACCUUUGGAUUCUAAGAAAAGACUUGUAAUGGACAGAAUAAUGAUUUAUCUGCCAUCUCUGUAAAUUUGGUAGGAACAGAUUUUUGGCUUGAAAGCAUUCUUCUUUGGUGCAACACCUGUUUUUUUCCUUCUUUCUUAUAGUUUUGUUUUAAUUUAUGUAGUAUUUCUUCCCAGGAGAUUUGAAGACAUGAAGCAUUAUGCUGAAAAUUUAGGCACCAAUGUAGCAGCCAUGAUCAAAGUUCGACAGGUAACAGCAUUAGCUAAAUUUUUUGAAGCAGGGUUUACUGGUUUUCACCAACUCGUUUACUAAUAAGUGUUGUUGUUUCUUUCUUGUUCAAAGCACAUUGCUGAUAUAGUAUAUUCUAUUCACAAACAACAUGCUAACUAUGGCAAAGUCUUCAGGUAACUUCCAUAAAUAUCUUCCGCUAAUAAUGCUGUUUUUUCAUACCCCUGUCAUUGUCAUACAAGGACAAAAAACAGGGCAACGAUAAUUUUUGAACAGAGGUGAACAUUAAUAAGUUGCCUUUCUUAUUCCAAAUAUUAAUGUUUGUUCAGUUUCUGUAAAUCCUCUAAGUUUUAGUUUACAGUUCAAAGUUACUUGAAAAUUGCUGUUUUUGGAGAAAACAAAAGCAUAUUGUAUAUAAAGAUAGACAUUUAAAGGACAAUACCCAAAUUCAGAUAAUCUCUAAUCUCCUUUGGAAGCUAGUGCCUGGAUAUAGGCACUGAUACUCUUGUAAAGCAAACUGACUAGGUUGUUGAAAUAAUGUCUUUAACAGUGAGUGGAGUUCAUUGGAGAAGGAGAUGGGUGAUGGAUUGCAGAAGUCAGGUCACUAUAUGGACAGGUCAGAUGCUACAUGUGGUUAACCAUAAGGAAAAUGUAGUUUAUACACUGUUCCUUGCUCAAAGAAAACCACUCAAAAACAGACGUGAAAAGCUGGUCCUGGCUUUAAAUGUCACAUUGCUUGUUUUAAAUCUUUAACUAAACUGGCCACUGUUAUUUUUUGUAGAAUAUUUUUGUGGACUAUCAAUUCAACUUUUCAUUUCUCAUGCAGCUUCAACCAUGAUUAUUUUUUGACUGUAAGUAGUCUCUCUUUUGCUUGAAAAUCUGUAAGUGAGAGUAUUGGGGCAGCAAAGUCACACAAGUUGCAAGGGUGCUAGUUAUGAAGACGUGAAUAUUGGUGAGUGAUUUCUACCAGAAUUGUCAAGCAAUUUCAAGAUUUUCUGAUUCAUCGUGAAGGCUAAAUUAAUGGUGGAGGCUAAAUCGUGAGAGUGUGAGUUGACAGCCCAAACCGUGAGAGUUGGAAGGUCCGUCAUGUAGGUCAUUAAUAAAGGUCCUCCCUGUUUACUCCUUUCCCCAAUCCAAAGCUCAAAAUAUAAAAUUCUUGAUGACUGUAUGUGUUAUAUACUUUUGUAACCAUUUACCUUGGGUUCGUUUUGAUGUGAAACAGACUUGCAGCAUCUGUUGACGAGGUACUUGAAGAUGAUGAUAUGAGCUUUUCAGAGCAGCUAAGGGAAUAUCUGCACUUUGCUGAUGUUUUAAAGUAAGUAUAUUAAAGUAAAGUGAGUAGCUAACCACAGCUGAACAGAAAAAUAUUGAUUAUUUUCCACAAAAAAAUAUCACAUCAUUUAUAAUAAAAUAUAAAUAAAAUGACAUAAUGUGCUAAAGAUGGGUAAGUUUAAGUCGCUGUUUUAGGUUUGAAGUACAUUUUCAAUGAACUAUGAGGGCUCAGAGAUUUAUUCAACAGGAAAUAGCAGUAACAGUUACUGUGGGAAUUACCCCAGAUGCAUUUGGGUUCUAGUCAUUGUUUUAAUAAGUAUUAUUUUUAUUGUGUGUUUUCAAGGGGAGUUGCCCAUAGACAGCAGCUUCGUCAGUAUGAUGCAGAAAAGGCGGAGGACAAUUUAUCUACAAAGAAGACGCAAAGAGAUGACAUGAUUGCUCAAAAGGUCAUUGCGCUAACAUAACUAGUAGUAGUAGUAGUUAGUUUCCAUAGCAACCACUUGUAAUUUAAUGAGUAUUUGCUUUGACACUGAAAUUGUUACCACUGACUGCGGGGUCACGAAUAAGGAUCUAUGCAGAGGAGUUUACUGGACACUACAGGUGUACAUUGAAGUGACAAAGACUGUAAAUAAUAAUAAUAGCUAUUGUUAUUAUUAGAUUAAACAGAACUCACAAAUCUGGAUCCUGCCAAUAAAACCAACCUAGAAAAGGCUCUGCUAUAUUCAGGCUCAAGAAAUAUUACCAGGGCUGUCACUAAGAGUCAGGGGCUGGGGAUUUCCCCUUACUGCCACCCCUGGCUACUUUCAUAGGCAACAGAAGAAAAAUAGAACCAAAAGAAUUUUGCAGUUGUACAUUCAAUUCCUCACCUAAUAAUAAUAAAUUACACAUAUAUGGCAACUUGAAAUCUUAAUGAGAGCCCUGGAUUGCCAGGCACGGGUCUAGGAUGAAUACUGACCAAUUUCCUGAAUGAGUGCCAAAGGCACAAGCUUGUAGUGGGGUCUAGGGGCAUGUAUCCCAGGAAAUUUUUUAGAUUUUAACUACUUAAAGUCCCUUUCCUCCAAACUAUUCUCCAGAUUCAACUUUUUUUUUGUUAUUAAAAAUAUAUUUAUAAUGAAAAAUAAGACUGAUUCCCGUAAACGGUGGAAACCGGUGUGGAUCCAUGCCUGAUCACUUUCUGAGGCGGUCCCCAAAUUAUUCACCAGUAAUCUGGGCUCAGCUCCUCCUAAGAUGGUUAAGUUUAACCCAAGAUUAAGUAAGAACAUGCAACCCAAGCUCCUUUACUCUGAGAUUCAGUAAUGAUAACACAAAAUAUUACUCUGGGCAAUGCAUUAUUAGAAAGUAAAUACAAAAAGUGAAAAUAAUUUUAAUCCUGGAUUAGCGCUGAUCCGCCAUUCAGGAACUGGGCCCAGGGUCACCAGCUCCCAAUGGUACAAGAAUCAUAUAGAUUGCCUUCUUUUGUCUCAUGUUUGUUUUUCUGCAGGAAGCAAUAGAGAGUGGACAAGCCCCACCCAAAUCAAGUGGUUUUUCAUUCAAGGGAUUGUCAUCCAUGAUAUUUGGAGCUGAGUCUCCUGAAGUAUUAGGAACCAAAAUUAGCAACUUGGAAGAACAAAUUAGUGAUGCUGAGGAGGUUGUCAAGACAACAAAAGAAGAUCUUAGGUGCGAUACUGUAAUUUUGCUGAUGGAUGUCAAGAGCAAAUGUGAAAAAAUUAAUACAUUUUUUACCUCUUGCAAAAUACAUUGUAUAGCGUUACUCAAGCUGAUGUCACCUACUGAUAUUUAUGUGCCAACCAGAAGCACAUAGGUUCUUGUAACAAAAAAUUAUUUCAUUUCACUUGUUACAAAUUUGAAUAACAAAAAAACAAUGUUUGUAAACACUGAUGUCUCCUAUAAGAAAACCAAUAUCUCCGCUGGAAAGUACAUGCUCUGAAAAUUUAAGUCAGUAGGCACAUUGUAAACUUGGCAGCAUAUAGAACAGGACCGAUCAUUAGUAUCAUUUCAUUCAGUGCUGUGACUUGAGGAAAUUUUUUAUAAACUUUACAUAAGGAGGUCGGCAAAAUGGUGAUUCCCUUGUCUUCUCAUCAUUCUCUCAUCAAGCUAUACAAAUAGAAACUGUGAUUGAUGAUAGAUCAAAACAUAAUUAGCUGUGUAUGAUAAUUUAAGCCUGAUUGGUCAAAUUGUCUGCAGAAAUUCUGCUUCUAAAAGAAGAAAUGUUACAAAGAAUGCAUGUCUCAGAAGAGUCUCUGUGAAUGGCCACCAAGCAAUGCCGUAGUUUCUAAAAGCUGAUCUUUCCAAAAAUAAUGUUUCCGACAAGAAGUUUCUAUAAGGUUACUUGGGCAAACCAGGUCUUGCAUCUGUUGAAUUUAUUUUGUAAACCAUAGAAUCUGUAUUAAGGAGACGCCUGAGAAAUGUGUGUCUGCUAAAUACAGGUUCGUUUUACAAAAAACAUGGGAAUUCAAGUGUAUCUUGGUAACUGUUUUUGAGUUAAUUUUGUUUGUCAUUUAGAGUUUUUAAUGAGGAAGCUGUCAAAGACUAUGAACGCUUCAGGAAACAGGAAGUCCGUGAUUUAAGAGGAGUGUUGGCAGCACACAUCAAGGCUCAAAUAGCUCUAUGUAAAUUGGUAUGUUGCAUUUGUUUUUGGUAA